ACACGCAUUUUAAUUAUUUUUAUCAUUGAAACAGCAGCAUUACCGAUAUCAUACAGCCUUUAAUCGAAUUCGCUAGAGUUAACAAAUGACACUGCGCAUGCGCGAUAGCAACAGUUAAGCGUAAAUCAGAGAGUAUUGAGGAAGAGAUUGAUACACAGUUGCUACUAGUAGUAACCGCGCUAUUACCGCAAUGGAUUGUGGGGGAUAUUGUAAGAAUUAACAAUAGUGCUCAUAAAAACAACUCGCAUCGUGUAUUAUUAACCCUUGUAAUUCAAUUUAUUUGAUGUAACCGUUAAAAUAUUUAAAGACACGCUCUUGACAAAAAAAAUGUUGUUUUAACUUGUUUUAAUAUUGCGCAUGCGCAGCUAUCUUCCACUGUUGUCAUUUGUGAAGUGCUGCGCGGCAAUGGAGGCAGGAGUAAGUGCAGAGUAACCAGAACGAAGAAAGAACAUUUAAAUGGCUCUGUCUUUCUGGAAAUGGCAGUACUAUACAGUUUGUUGUUUGGACCAGUCCUUUAGAUAAUGCAUCAUUAGGUCGCAUGCUAUCUUAAUACAGACACGAGUAACGUCCAGCUAUUCUGUCAGCAUCAACAUGGCACACUGGAGCACCUUCGAAAAAGAGACAGAAAGAGAAGCAAAAAAGUUGAUCUCAUGUAUCAGCGGAAUUGAGGAUGAGGAGGACCAGAAUUACCAGCUUGCGCUAAAAUUUGCCUGGUCAAACUUCAGGUUUCAUCGGUACCUGGACGUGGACAGCCAUAAAGUGCAGCGCAGCAUAAGUGGAAUCUAUGAAAAGCUCAUGGUUCACUCAGAUUUGAAUAAAGCAGAAAGCUGGGUGAGACUGACUGAGGAGUUCUUGAACUCACCAUUACCUAAUACAGAUGGAACAAAGACGGAUGUGCAUUUUAGUGUAUUAUCACUGCUGCUUUUGUUGUCGGGCUCCCCCUCAAAUACAUGCUUUACAGAGAGACCCAGGGUGAAGGAGGCUGAACAAGAGGACAGCUUUGACUGGGGUAAAUACCUGAUGGAGGGAGAAGACAUAGACAUUGGACCAUACCCAGAUACCCCUGAGUGGUCUGAGGAGGAGAGUGAGGAGGAUGACAGUCAGGAGCCAAUCAGCAGGGAGGACUCUGGGAUCCAGUUGGACAGAACUCCUCAAGAGGAUCAGGACAACACUAACAAAACAGGACCAGUCACAUGGACAGUUGGUGAACCUAAUGCCCGGGCAUGGCUUGAACAACAUGUAGUGACACCUUACUGGGUGCCUCAUGCUCCUCGUUUUCCUCACAGUUUGCAUUUACACUCCAACCUGCUUAAUGUUUGGGAUCAGCACUUGUAUAACACUGAUCCAUUGUAUCUGCCAGAAGAAAAGGCCUUUGUCACAGAGACCCAAGUAAUACGGGAGACAUUGUGGCUCUUGUCUGGGGUUAAGAAACACUUUAUAUUCCAAAACCACGAUGGAAAAGUGUCAGUAAGGAAUAACGUGGUGGUAACUCAUCUGACCAGUAACUGUCUGCGCUCUGUGCUGGAGCAUAUCGCUGUGUACGGCCAGGCGGUCUUCAGGCUGCAGAGGUUCAUAGAUGAAGUGACGGGGUACAGCUCGGAGCCUUGCCCACCAGGCUCCAGUUCCUCUUACGGGUCCAAGAAGGGCUCCGAGCCUCCCUUUAGGACCUACCAGGCCUUUGUGUGGGCACUUAACAAGUACUUCACCAGCUUCAAAGAGGAGCUGACCACAAUUGAGAGAGAGCUUAUUUGCAAUGAUGAGACAGUGACACUUUCUUCAGUUUUGGAACGACUCAGUCCUCACUUGGCCCAGAUCAAAGUCCUGCACAAAGUGUUCUGUACCGGUGUGGCUGAAGUCCCUCCUCAGACUCCCAACGUCGUACGGGCCUCGCACUUGCUCAACACCCUGUACAAGGCCAUCAUCGAGUAUGACAGCGUUGGUGAAGCAUCAGAACAAGCAGUGGCUUUGUUGUUUUCCCUGUGGACAGAAACAGUCAGACCGUAUUUGGAGAUUGUGGAUGAAUGGAUUGUUCAUGGGCACCUGUUUGAUCCUGCCAAAGAGUUCAUCAUCCAAAGGAACAAGGAUGUACCAGUGAACCACAGGGACUUCUGGUACGCCACCUACACACUCUACAGUGUGUCUGAGACUGUGGAGAAUGAGGAGAAGCUGAAUGAUGCAGCAAGUGGGAGCUCUGGAGGCGAGGGCUCCAGUAACAGGCAGCUCACCAUGGUGUCCUUCCUCAAACCUGUCCUAAAGCAAAUCAUCAUGGCUGGGAAGUCCAUGCAGCUGCUCAAAAAUCUAGACUGCAAAGAGGCUGAGCAGUCCGACCGAUCCUCCAGAGAUGCAGAGAGGAAGAGUUUAUAUACACUGUUUUUGGAGUCUGUGCAGUCCCGCCUCUGCAGCCAAGAGUCAUCUCCAACAGAUACAGUGACUGAACAACAGGCCACUAGGAGGAGCCUUGUGAAGAUGCACUCCAUUGUUGCUCAGCAUCUGGAGAUCGACGAUGUCCAUGACCCGUUACUGGCUAUAAACUUCGCCAGGCUUUACUUGGAGCAAAGUGACUUCCACGAGCGGUUUUCUGGAGGUAAUGUCAUUGUGGACCGCUCAUCUCAGUCUGUCACCUGCCAGACCUUCGAGCUUACCCUGCGCUCUUGCCUCUACCCACACAUCGAGAGGAGGUACAUCGAAUGCUGUGGGAACCUCAUGAAGACUCUGAAAAAAGACUACAAGUUGUUGGAAUACCUCCAGGCCAUGAGGAACUACUUCCUCCUUGAAGCUGGAGACACUAUGUAUGAUUUUUACACUGCCAUCUUUGACAAAGUGCAGGAGAAGGAGAGCUGGCAGCAGCUGUCGUUCCUCAAUGUUCAGCUGCAGGAAGCAGUUGGACAGCGCUGCCCUGAGGACAGUAGCAGGUUGUCAAUCUUCUUGGAGACUAUUGACCCAGCAAGGAAAAAACACCCAGUGAAUAAUCUUGAAGUGCUUACCCUAAGUUACAAAGUUCCGUGGCCUGUUGACAUUGUGAUUAGCUCAGAGUGUCAGAAAAUCUACAAUCAGGUGUUUCUCCUCCUGCUGCAAAUCAAGUGGGCUAAAUACAGUUUAGACACACUGCGAUUCAGUGAUUUUACAGAUGUCGCUAAAAAACUGGAGGGUGCCCUGGGUGAGGACGUGAAGGUCAAAGAGCCUGUAAAUCAGCAGAUUCACCGAAUGUGUCUGCUGCGGGUCAAACUGAUGCACUUUGUCAACAGCCUUCACAACUACAUCAUGACCAGGAUUCUGCACAGCACAGGACUGGAGUUUCAGCACCAAGUCCAGGAAGCAAAGGAUCUAGACCAGCUGAUCAAGAUUCACUACAGAUAUUUGGCCACUAUUCAUGACCGCUGUCUGCUGAGGGAGAAGGUCAGUUUUGUGAAGGAGGCAAUAAUGAAGGUUCUUAAUCUAGUCCUCAUCUUCUCAGACCGAUGGCAAGCUGGCUUUGGAGCCUGGAAGAUCGAGUCCAUCGAUAAAAUGGAGUCUGAUUUCAAAAACUGCCACAUGUUCCUCGUAACAAUCCUGAAUAAGGCCGUAUGUCGAGGUUCUUUCCCUCAUUUGGAGUCCCUCGCUCUCUCCCUGAUGGCAGGUUUCGAGCAGUGCUGAGGAGCUGUCUGGGUGUCAAUGUGUUGUUGCGACAGACACAAACCCACUGUUUUUUUUUCUGUCUCACAGACUGCAAGGAUUGUUCACAGUGUAACAUAUGAUGUCAGCAUCUGCUCUUAGAGACUUAUUGAGCACUUUGAGCAUUGUCUUUUUAUGACCUGUUAGAACAGUCUGCUUGAGGAAAUGUGGCUCAAAAAUUGUAAGUUUUUGUAAGAUGUACUGUAUGAGUUGUCCAUGUUCAUAAUGUACCUAUGUAUAAAGCACAAUAAAUGUUGCACAACAAUAUUAAUAAGCAUGAUGCUACGUUGCUUUUUAAUUAAAGAGGUUAUUAGUAUUAUGAACAAUACAAUGAAUUGAUUCAGAGAUGAAAUAAAUCGGAAUAACUGCGGAUUACAUAUUUGUAUUCUGACCAUUUAACUGAAUUGCAUUGUUGAGAUUAAACGAGUAUGGAAAUGACAUCAGUACUAUUGAGGAAAUGUUAAUACUAGUCUUCUGUAACAGCACUAUUUUUUAGCCAGUUAGAACUUUUCAUCAAUUAUGUACGUGGGGUCGACUACAAAUAAAAUGAGCGAAAAACUAAAGGUGUUGACUGAAAUCUCAGAAGGACUAAACUGUAUAAUUGUCUUAUUUGUAAAAGCAAUUUAAGUCAUUUGGCCAUGUUUGGUGGUUCAUUAAAUGGCAGUAUUGCUGCCUAGCUUGAGUUAAGUUGAUGUUGCUGAAAUACAUUUUACAAAAUCAACAUGAGGUUUUAUUAAAAUUAGUGUAAGCAUCAUUUCUUUUCAGUUAAGUUUUCUUUUUUGUUUUGGUAAUCAUUAUGGCUGUCUUUCAGCUCUGUAUGAAUGAUUCUUUUUCAUGUUUCAGUCUGAUGUCAGUCACUCUUACAGGUCUAUUUUACUGCACUGACACUUUUUGCACCCUUUGGGGACUUGACCUCUAUCC